AUGCCACGAAUUUAUGGGUACAACAAGACAUUUGACAUAGAUCCAACCAUGGACCAGCAAUAUGCAGUUAGCCUUCGAGGGUCUUGCCGCCGUAAGACACAUCCAGACUCAACUGUGGUUGCACUGAAUGAUGUUACCACACCAUUUACUUUUGACAAUGUUUAUUUCCGUAAUCUUCAAAAGGGGCUUGGAUUGCUAUCCAAAGAUCAGAUGUUGGCUUACCACCCAUUGACUCGGAGUAAUGUCAAUAUGAUGGCUGAAGAUCAACAAAUCUUUUUCAAUUACUUUGCUGCGGCUAUGAUAAAAUUAGGCUUAGAUCGGAGUCAACAUCUAACUAAUCAUAUUCAGUUAGCCAAAGGAGGUUUAGUGUUGCAUGAUAUAUCAUUUCCAUAA